AUGCCCUUCUUGGACGCCUGUAUGCUUAUCCCUCCCUAUCAGAAAUUCCUCAAGGACGCUGUAACCGAGAGGAGAAAAGAGGUUCAGGGCAUGGUCGUUCUUUCUCAGGAAUGUAGUGCAAUCAUCACUAGGAAAGUGGUUGGGAAGAAGUUUGAAGAUCCGGGCAGUUUCACUCUUCCUUGUUCUAUUGGUCCUCUGGCAUUCAACCGAAGAUUGUGUGAUCUUGGAGCAGGCGUAUCUGUAAUGCCACUCACGGUAGCUAAAAGGCUUGGGUUCGAGAAGUAUCAAAAGUGCGACGUUUCCUUGGUACUUGCGGAUAGAUCAGUACGCAUCCCAGUGGGUAUGCUCGAGGACUUGCCUGUGCGAGUAGGAAACGUGGAGAUACCCACUGACUUUGUUAUCCUUGAGAUGGACGAAGAACCCAAGGAUCCGCUGAUCUUGGGAAGGCCCUUUUUGGCAACCGCCGGAGCUAUCAUCGAUGUUCAGAGAGGAAAGAUUGAGCUAAACUUUGGAGAUGACUUCAAGCUCAGCUUCGACAUCAAGAGAUCGAUGAAGAAACCAACCAUUGAUGGACAGCUCUUCUGGGUAGAGACUUUGGAUCAGUUGGCAGACGAGUAUCUAGAGGAGUUAGCCACAGAGGACCAGCUUCAGCUAACCUUGACUGAGAAAGUGGAGGAAAAGAGCUACUUCAACACCGAAUCCUUGGAGUAUGCUCGACUCUUAGACUCCCACAGAGGGACUGUUCCCAAUGACGUGGUUGAGGAAAUCAUAGGACGCUCCGUGAGAGUUGAGGAAAUCCACAAGGUAGAGGCAGAGCACGACCUCGAGCAACCUUCAGACGAUGACUGGAGCGAGCUCAAAGCCCCAAAGGUGGACCUCAAGACCUUACCAGAUGGGCUAAGGUACGCAUUUCUUGGACCAAAUUCAACUUAUCCCGUAAUUGUGAACCAAGAACUUACCCCACCCCAAUUAACCUCCCUCCUUAAUGAGUUGAGGAAGUUCAGGAGAGCAAUUGGUUACUCUUUAGAGGACAUCAAAGGCAUAUCUCUUGAGCUUUGUACUCAUCGCAUUCACCUUGAUAACGAAUCUAAGGGAUCUAUUGAACACCAAAGACGCUUAAAUCCCAACCUCAAAGAGGUGGUAAAGAAGGAAAUCCUUAAGUUGCUUGACGCCGGCGUGAUCUACCCUAUCUCGGAUAGUACUUGGGUCUCGCCGGUACACUGUGUGCCCAAGAAAGGUGGAAUCACAGUAGUCAAGAACGAAAAAGACGAAAUGAUCCCAACCAGAACCAUAACCGGUCACCGAAUGUGCAUAGAUUACCGAAAGCUCAAUGCGGCGACUAGGAAGGAUCAUUUUCCACUGCCUUUCAUCGAUCAGAUGCUUGAGCGGUUGGCAAACCAUCCUUUCUAUUGCUUCCUUGAUGGCUAUUCGGGAUUCUUUCAAAUCCCCAUCCACCCUAAUGACCAAGAGAAAACGACCUUCACAUGUCCCUAUGGAACUUUUGCCUAUAAACGUAUGCCCUUUGGAUUGUGUAACGCUCCGGCGACUUUCCAAAGAUGCAUGACGUCCAUCUUUUCUGAUUUAAUUGAGGACACUGUUGAAGUGUUUAUGGAUGACUUUUCUGUCUAUGGCAGUUCCUUUGUGUCUUGUUUGUCCAACUUGUGCAGGGUUCUCAAGCGCUGCGAGGAGACGAACCUAGUGCUCAAUUGGGAGAAGUGUCACUUUAUGGUCAGGGAAGGGAUCGUCUUGGGACACAAGAUAUCAGAAAAGGGGAUAGAGGUUGAUCAAGCAAAGAUUGAGGUGAUGAGUCAGCUUGCUCCACCAAAGACAGUCAAGGACGUGAGAAGUUUCCUUGGGCACGCCGGUUUCUAUCGGAGAUUUAUCAAAGACUUCUCCAAAAUAGCUCGCCCUUUGACACGCCUCUUGUGCAAGGAAACUGAGUUCCUGUUUGACGAAGAGUGCCUUAAGGCAUUUGAGAUGAUCAAGACUGCCUUGGUCACGGCCCCGAUUGUCCAAGCACCAAACUGGGACUACCCUUUCGAGAUCAUGUGUGACGCUAGUGACUACGCCGUGGGAGCUGUGCUUGGCCAGAGGAUAGACAAAAAGCUCCACGUGAUAUAUUACGCAAGCAGAACCAUGGACGAUGCCCAAGGACGAUACGCAACAACUGAGAAAGAGCUCUUGGCAGUAGUCUUUGCGUUCGAGAAGUUCAGAAGUUAUCUUCGUGGGUUCAAAGAGUUCGAUCUCGAAAUUUUGGAUAAGAAAGGGGUUGAGAACGGAGUUGCGGAUCACCUCUCGAGGAUGAGAGUAAAUGAACCGGCACCUAUCGACGAUACUCUGCCUGAGGAACAGCUACUCUUGGUGGAAGAUUUUGCCAACUACUUGGUGUGUGGAGAAGUGCCAAGCCGACCUGUCUCCUUACCAGAAGAAGAAAUUCUUCAGGGACAUCUCACAUUACUUUUGGGACGAACCAUACCUGUAUUCAAGAGAGGAUCAGAUGGUCUGUUUAGGAGGUGCAUAGCUCAGGAGGAAGUAGAAGGAAUACUCGAGCAUUGUCACGGAUCGAGCUACGGAGGUCACUUUGCGACUUUCAAAACAGCUUCCAAAGUUCUUCAAGCCGGAUUCUGGUGGCCAAGCCUUUUCAAAGACACUCACGACUUCAUUGCAAGGUGUGAUAGAUGCCAACGAGAAGGGAGCAUUUCCAAGCGCAAUGAAAUGCCACAAAACCCGAUACUUGAGGUGGAAGUGUUUGAUGUAUGGGGCAUCGACUUCAUGGGCCCCUUUGAGCCACCUUCUCAUGGGAAUAGAUACAUCCUAGUAGCAGUUGACUAUGUGUCCAAGUGGGUAGAGGCAAUCGCUUCCCCAACGAACGAUGCCAAGGUUGUGCUCAAGCUGUUCAAAAGCAUCAUCUUCCCGAGAUAUGGAGUGCCAAGGGUAGCGACACCAUACCAUCCUCAGACAAGUGGUCAAGUGGAAGUGUCGAACAAGCAGAUAAAGGGGAUCCUCAGGACGAUUGUGGGAGUCACCAAGAAGGACUGGGCAGUUAAGUUGGACGACGCUCUCUGGGCUUACAGGACCGCCUAUAAGACGCCAAUAGGAAGGACACCUUUCUCGCUCCUUUACGGGAAAUCGUGUCACCUUCCGGUGGAGAUUGAGUACAGAGCACUCUGGGCAAUCAAACUGCUCAACUUCGACAUCAGGUCUGCCCAAGAGAAGAGGGGUUUCGACUUACACGAGUUGGAAGAGAUCAGGCUGGACGCAUAUGAGAGCUCCAAGAUUUACAAAGAACGGACUAAGGCAUUUCACGACAAGAAAAUUGUGCCUAAAGUCUUCAAGGUUGGAGAAUAUGCGCUGCUUUUCAACUCAAGAGCUAAGUUGUUCCCUGGGAAGCUCAAGUCCAAGUGGUCGGCCCGUUUGAGAUUAAGGACGUCCUUCCUUAUGGAGCUGUCACUUUGCUUAACCAGAAUGGCGAGGAGUUCACGGUGA